AGAUCGCGACCCCGGAGUGGGGGUAGCGUGGUUAUGUGGCUGAGCCGCAGCGGAUGGCCCGGGCUUCUGGGACUGUGUCACUACCACCUCCAGCGCCCUAGCUUUGCCAGGACUUGGAGUGGCUAUAAGGGCCCAAUGGCAGAAACACUGUCUACCCAGGUUGGGACAACGGGCGGGCUAAAGGCUCUGCAUCAGCAAAAUGGUGACGCUGGUGGCGACGCGAUGGUUGGGCCUCCCCCGGAGCCCCUGAAGCCGGCGGGCCAGGAAGUGGAGCCGGCCCCAGUUGGCGGGGAGCAUGCCUCGACUGCAGCCCAGGGCCCGGGCAAGCGUAAGAAGCGCCGCGGCGCAACCGGGGAGCGUGUCGUGCCACCCCCGAAGAAGCGGCGGACCGGGGUGAGCUUCGGCGAUGAGCACUUUGCAGAAACCAGUUAUUACUUCGAGGGCGGCCUGCGUAAGGUGCAGCCCUAUUACUUUGAUUUCCGGACCUACUGCAAAGGCCGCUGGGUGGGCCACAGCUUGCUGCACGUCUUCAGCACCGAGUUCCGAGCUCAGCCCCUGGCCUACUACGAGGCCGCGAUCCGGGCGGGCCGCCUGCAUCUCAACGAGGAGCCGGUGCAGGACCUCAACAUCGUGCUCAAGGACAAUGAUUUCUUGCGGAACACAGUGCACAGGCAUGAGCCACCAGUCACAGCAGAGCCCAUUCGCCUGCUAGCUGAGAAUGAAGAUGUGGUGGUUGUAGACAAGCCUUCCUCCAUUCCUGUCCACCCGUGUGGCCGCUUCCGACACAACACAGUUAUAUUCAUCCUAGGCAAGGAGCACCAACUCAAGGAGCUACACCCAUUGCAUCGGCUUGACCGCCUUACCUCAGGGGUACUUAUGUUUGCGAAGACAGCUGCAGUCUCUGAGAGAAUUCACGAGCAGGUUCGGGACCGGCAGCUGGAGAAGGAGUAUGUGUGCCGGGUGGAAGGGGAGUUCCCUACCGAGGAAGUGACCUGUAAAGAACCCAUCUUAGUGGUGUCUUACAAAGUAGGGGUGUGCCGUGUAGAUCCCCAGGGCAAGCCCUGUGAGACAGUGUUCCAGAGACUAAGCUACAAUGGCCACUCCAGUGUGGUACAGUGCCGGCCACUCACGGGCCGCACGCACCAGAUUCGAGUCCACCUUCAGUUCUUGGGCCAUCCCAUUCUCAAUGACCCCAUCUAUAACUCAACUGCCUGGGGUCCCUCCCGAGGCCGGGGUGGUCACAUUCCCAAGACAGAUGAGGAAUUGCUACGGGACCUGGUAGCAGAGCACCAGGCCAAACAGAGCCUGGAUGUGUUAGAUCUCUGUGAGGGUGACCUGUCCGCAGGACUCACAGACUCUGCAGCCCCCUCCUCAGAGUUGGGCAAGGACAACCUGGAAGAGUUGGCUGCCGCUGCCCAGAAGAUGGAGGAAGUAGUUGAGGCAGUGCCUCAGGAUUUGGACACAAUAGCGUUGGCACCAGAGAAGGCAAUUGAAACAGACGUCAUGAAUCAAGAGACAGACCCACUCUGUGCAGAGUGCCGGCUGGUACGACAGGAUCCCUUGCCCCAAGACCUUGUGAUGUUCCUACACGCCCUACGCUAUAAAGGGCCAGGCUUUGAGUACUUUUCGCCAAUGCCUGCCUGGGCACAGGAUGACUGGCAAGAAGACUGAGGGCUGUGGACAUUGGAGGGAUUGCUUCUUGGGUUGUGACAAGGAUGGGCCAUAGGGGCAAGGGCUCACCCCAUGGGCUGGCACUUGGGGUUUCUACGAGUGACCUGCUCCUACUUGCUACCUCCUUCCAACGGGAAUUUGGAGACUUUUUGGUUUGUAAAUAGAUCCCUUUUUCUAACAUC